AUGACAUACCGCUGCAGUCUUGUGAUGGCGUCUUUAACUUUGUGGUUGAAAUACCAAAGUAGUCAAGUGCAAAGAUGGAGGUUGCCAUUAAUGAGCCAUUCACCUGGAUCAAGCAGGACACGAAGAAGAUGAAUCUCUGUUAUUAUCUCUACAAUAUCCAUUGGAACUAUGGGUUGCUCCUACAAACCUGGGAAGACUCAUCAUUCGCUAAUUCUGAUCAGGCGCGAGCAGCAAAAAUCCAAGAAAGAAAAAAAGGAAAGUGUAAAUAUAUUUAUUUAUAUGUUUUUGGUGAUUCAAUUUACUUAAUGAUCUUUUCCUGCUUAGUUGAUGUUGUUGAGAUUGGUGAAACAGGAAGAGACAUUGGACAGAUUCUCAGGGUCAAGCCCUUGGCUUCCCUAGCAGUGAUUGAUGAGGGUGAACUUGACUGGAAAACAGUAACAAUUUCAUCGGAUGAUCCCAGGGCUUCCAUAGAGAAUGAUGUUGAUGAUGUCGAGAAGUAUUUCUUGGUAUGUACCUAUGAAAUCAAUGCCCUUAAAAUCUUUAACGUUCCUCUCCAACAACAGUUCACUGUGGUGUACUUUGUUAUCUAUGGUCUCACUAUUGAUAUCCUCAUCCUCUGCACCUAUAAGACCGUGAUCUCUUCAUAA